AUGACUUCGACGGGUCAUGGACAUUAUAGCGUAGAAUUUCUACCCUGCGUCGGUCGCGUUGUCGAGUCGUACGUGAGAGCAUUGGGCAUUGAGGUGACGGACGAGAUCCAACAAUGGAGAGUUCAGCUGGAACUCGAGCGUCGAGAACGCUUGCAAGUUAGUCAGGAAGAUCUAGACGACGAGAAGCGGCUGGUUGAAGCCAUGGGGGACGAGACGCAGAAGAUGAAGCUACUGACUUUGCUGAAGCACGGCUUAGCCCACUAUGAGAGGAGCAGGAUGUCGGUGGUGACCUUCUGA